GCGAGUGUUCGAUCGCGGCGGUCGUUUGAGUUGUCAAUCAGCAUGAGAUGUGCGCGAAUACCUAACACCCGAUUGUGAAUCUUUGUUUUGUUAAACAUAUUGUUUUAUUUGUAGUACAUAUUCUGUGACCAAAGAUAGUAUAAUCUUACUAAAUUAUAUUAAUGUAUUAAAGACAAUAGAGAUGACUAUUUCGGAGAAGAACUCACUAGUGCCAUCUCAGCGUGUUGAGAAAAGGGUGAAGUUAAUACCACCUGAUGGAGGAUGGGGCUGGAUGGUGUUACUCGGUGUCGCCGUGUUUAAUAUAUUUAACCAGUCUAUGCUAUCACUAUUUAGUUUACUAUAUGGAGACCACUUAGAAGCGAUGGGCCACAAAACAUCAGGAGCGGCCAUCGUCCUCAGUACAAUGUUGUUCGUCACAAAUUUCGGCGGCCCUAUAGCGGGUGCUCUGCUGAAACUGACGUCACCUAGAAUGGUGUCGGUCACUGGCGCAUGUUUUUGCACGUCAGGAAUAUUUUUAAGUGGUUAUUCCACUAAUAUUUAUCAUUUGAUACUCACAUAUGGCGUUUUAUUGGGACUGGGCUUAGGCUUCGUCCAGAAUUCCUCAUUCGUAGCCAUAAACAGCUACUUCAAACUGAAGAAGAGUCGCGCAGUGGGCCUGGCCAACGUGGGCACAGGUGUGGGUCAGACUGUAAUGCCCCAUUUAGUGCGAUACCUGCUGGAAAAUUACGGAUUCCAAGGCGCUUGCUUGCUGCUGUCCGGUUUAAGUUUGAACGGGAUUGGUGGAACACUUCUGAUACAACCUGUUGAAUGGCAUAUGAAAAAAGUAGAAGAAGAUGUUAUCUUAGAUGAAAAGUUACAGUUAUUACAAGCUCAACAUAAAGAUAUCGUGAUAAGGAAAGAUUCCAUCACAAAAAAAGAAAUUUAUAGCGGACUGGGUCGCUCCACUGAAUCUCUGGGGAAAGAAAAACAAACUGACUUGGGUCAAAAGUUCAGUAGUAAUAAAGAGUUAACCAAUGGCGUAAAGUCUAUAGAAAAUGGUGUGAAUGAAAAUAACAACGCCGUCGCAAUACCGGAACCCAAGAAAGGUUUAGUUAAGAAGUUGUAUGAUUUAUUCGACAUUUCUCUCUUAUCGAGCCCUCGUUUUCUAAAUAUCAUUAUCGGAACGUCGCUGGCGGUAACUUCGAUACAGAAUUUCAGUAUGCUGUAUCCGUUCUUUUUACAGAAAGUAGCUCUCAUGGAUAAACAACAGACGGCAAACUGCAUGUCUGCCGUGGCCAUGGCUGAUAUUGCUGGGCGAUUGCUACUGCCUGUCUUCCAGGACAAGUACAGAAUCAAGGCCAGGUGGAUGCUCAUCAUGACCAGUGUAUGGCUCAUCGUUGUAAGGCAGAUUCUGGCAUACCAAACAAAUCAAAUGGUUCUCCUAGCCAUGUCAUCGAUCUACGGCUUCGGAAGAAGCAUGGUUAUCGUCGCAAGGAACAUUGCUAUAUCAGAACAGGUCAGGAUGGACCAAGUGCCAGCCGCUGUAGGCCUGGGCAUGUUAGCCAUGGGUAUAAUUGUACCCCCAGCAGGAUACUUCCUUGGAUGGAUCAGAGAUUACACGGGAAGCUUUGUCGCUAGUAUAACGGCACAGAACUUAUUACUGGUAGUUCUUUUAGCUACCUGGAUACCUGAUAUGCUGUUAUUGAGAAAAAGUGAGAAACAAAAGAAGAAAGAACAAGAAUUAAUAGGGAUGACGUAACUUGGAUAAGGAAUAUUUUUUGGAGUAAUUGGAAAUUGUCGAAAAAAAUGCAUAUAUUAUAUGCAUUAGAAAAUAUUCGGCAGCUUGUUACGAUGAGAGUUAUUAUUAAUUUGAGUUCAGUAGGUAAAUAAAUAUUUAUUACAGUGUGUUUGUGAAGUUAAUAGGUACAAUAUAUGAAAUGCAUAAUUAAUACUACAGGAAUAAUUUUAUUACAAUUUUUUUUCUCAGCUUCGCGAAUUUGUGUUUUGCCCUAUAGUUGAAUGGUACAGAGAUUAAGUCCGCCAUUUGUGCUUUUUUUUAACUGUGCAAUAUAGUUUAAAUAAAUAAAUAAUUUUAAAUAUGUCUUGUAUGAGUUUCAUAAAAAAGAAGUCAUACGCGGGUAAAUGUUGCAUUUAUUAAAUACAAAUUUUAUAGUUAAAGUAAUAGUUUUAUUAUCAUAAUAUUGUAGUAAUUCAUUAGAUUAUGAGACCUAAAAAUGACAAAAGAGUUACCUACUCUUAAUUAUGUUGCAAGAUAUUUAGACUGGCUGUGAAAUUAGUCUGUUCAGUGUAAUUUGUAAGUGACAUCUAAUUUCUCUUAUGUGGUGAUACCAGUUGUAUAAAUCUUAACAAAAUAUUUUAGCAAGUAAUUAGAUAAUUUGUAAUGAAUGUUAAUUUGACUAGUCCAAUAAACUUAAAUGAUAAAAUAUAAAAUGUUUGUUUCUUAUACCUAUUCGUUUUAUUUACAAGAACUGUCUUAUCUUAAAAAUGCAGUAAUUAUUUUCCUUGUGAAAUAAACGAUUUGAUAAAACGUA